AUGGCUGCGGCAGCAGUGCUGAAUAACAACAACAAUAAGACGGGGGGCAGUUAUGUUGGAGUUGGUGGCGGUGUCGCCGCAAACAACAGUAUGCUGCAAGUUGCUGGACACCAUAAGAACGGUGUGCAAACGGGUGCGGCCAUUGGUACGGGUGCUGCUGCUGGAUCGGGUGUGAGCAGCGAGCAGCAGCAGCUAUUGGGCAGUAAUGCUGGCAAGACGACGCAUGGCUAUGUCGGUGCGGCGGCAGGUGGCAUACGGGUUGCCAGCAAUCUGCACAAGCAGCAGCAGCACCAGCAGCCGGAUGGGGGAAUCGGAUUGAAUGAUCCUCAUGCGGCGCUGGCAGCUGCGCUCGCAUCCAGUGGCGGCGGCUUGAAGCAAAUUCCACAAUUCGAUGAUCCCGUGGAGCAGUCGCUGGCCUCGUUGGAGUUCAGCGCCUCCUCCACGGGCAAAUCAUCAACACCAUCGUCAGCGCUGAAGGAUUCCUUUUAUAUGGCACACCGGCAGCAGCAGCUUAUGCAGAUGCAGCAGCAACAGCAGCCUACCCCAGGCAAUCAGCAGCAUGGCAUGCCCGUCUUUGAUAAUCUCAAUAUGACAUUACCUUCGCUGCAGGAUCAUCAACAACAGCAGCAACAACAUCACCAACAACAGCUGCUGCAACAGCAGCAGCAAGCGGCUGCAAAUAAAAUGCUAAUCAUACCUAAACCCAUCGAGUCCAUGAUGCCCAGUCCGCCCGACAAGCAACAGUUGCAGCAAAAUCAGCAGCAGCAUCAACACCAUCAGCAGCAUCAACAUCAGCAGCAACACCAGCAGCAGCAGCAACAUCAUAAUCAAAAAGUGUUGCCGCCGCAACAGUCACCGUCCGAUUUGAAGCUGCAUCUCGGCCACACGGCGCAUGCCGGCUAUCAGGUGUUCAAGACUGCCGUCGAGCAGAAUCUGAAGAAUGCCAGCUCGUGGUCAUCGCUGGCAUCGGCCAGUUCGCCACAGAAUACGGCGACAACAUCGAGCAAGGCCAAGCCGGCCAUGGACUCCUUUCAGCAGUUCCGCAACAAAGCCAAAGAACGCGAUCGCCUCAAGCUGCUCGAGGCGGCCGAGAAGGAGAAGAAGCAUCAGAAGGAGGCCGCUGAAAAGGAGCAGCAACAGCAGCGCAAGCAUCACAAAUCCAAUUCCUCCUCAUCAUCGUCGUCGUCUGCUGCUGCUGCUGCUGCGGCUGCUGCAGCAAAUACAGCUGCAAAUAAUGCUGCUGCUGCAGCAGCAGCAGCCGCUGCGCAAGCAUCGGCAGCGGUAAAUGCUCUGGCGCUGACUGCAUCGCCAUUGGGCGCCAUGGAAAGCGGACGGAAAAGUGUGCACGAUGCACAGCCGCAAAUAUCGCGAAUGGAUGACAUCAAGGCGUCGCCGGGUCAGGGUCAGAAUUCGCCGGCACAGCAAUCGCCGCAGGAUCGUGCGGCUGCCAAGCGUGCGGAGCAACGACGUGCGGAACAAGAGAGACGCAGACGCGAAGCGAUGGCUGGCCAAAUUGACAUGAACAUGCAGAGUGAUCUUAUGGCUGCCUUUGAGGAGACACUGUAG